CAGAGUGCUCUGAAUCCCGCGAGCUCCUCCCCGCCGGCUUCCUCCUCCCCAAGCUCGCACCAGCCAACUACCGAAGCAACCGUCUCGCCUCCGUCCAUCACCACCGCCUCACCGCCCCUCUCUCCGUGCUUUCUCCUUCGGCUCCACCUGGCCGUACGGGCGAAGACAAAAGACGACCAAGAAACCAAGAAGCCCUGCAAUGGAGCAGGGCGCCGGGAAGAAGCUCGGAAAUGCCAAGGCGUCCAAGUACGAUGUGAAGGUGUCCGCUCUGGAGCUCCCUGGCGCGCCGACUGGGUCCUGGGUGGCCGCGCUGCAGCUCCCGGGCGCGCCAUCUCAGGCUACCGCGUUGCAGCUCGCAGGCGCGCCAGCCCAGCCGCCUCAGGUCGAGGUGGCCCCUCGACGGCGUGCGAUCGUCCCCGCCCCCGCUCACGUGCCGCCUCAGGCCGACGCGGCCUGGUUCAGGAGCUUGCUGGAGGCCCUCCGACUCCGGUUUCCGCGGCCGCUUGUGGCGAGGAUCUUCGAGGCCUUUCAGGGCGCGUGGGCGUCCGUGCACGUGUGGUUGAGCCGGCCGCCGCCAGCAGCAGCGCCGGUGAUCAACAAGAAGAAGAAGGACAAGAAGAAGAAUACCUUGCUCCCCGUGCCGCGGCGUAGUAAGGCAUGGUUGUACUGGGAGAAGCGCCGCCGCCGCCGGGUGAUCCCCCCUCCUCCUGCUCCUCUUCUUGAUGAGCCGCAGCCUUCGCAGCCCGCACCAGUGCCACUGAUUGUCGAUGGAGAGACCGUCCCCGCUGAGAUUGUGGAGGGAUAUAAGAGGUACUGCAGAAUAGCUACAUCCUCUCCAGCGACAACAACAGUGUGUCACCUUUGCAUAUUUGAGGUGGAGCUUCACCCAAAUGGGAUUGUGCGCACCUCUGAUCUGAUCGCGCAUUACAACAAGCAUCGUUCGGUAGUUGUUCGGUGCGGCAGGUUUGGCUGUGCUGCUAAGGUUCCUCCAGGGCGCGACCUACGCUGGCACACCCAUAUUUGCCACGACUUGCCUGCUGAUUGGUGGCUAUCAUAGAGACCUGGUUGUACUAGGAAACAAAAUGUUGGUACCAUAAAUGAUAUGAAUUGUUGUAUAAACUUGUAAAUCGUGUGGGUUUAUAUGCUUAUGGUUCUGAAACCACAACCAGAUCCUUGUGGUUCAUUCAUGAACAAGAGUGGAAAAUAUUAAACGGGAACACUAACAACACUGUUAGAUUCCAGU